AUGAUAGUAUACUCCGGACUAAGUUAUCGUAGAGAGGUUUUUCCUUGGAAUUUUGCGAAAAAUAACGAGGAGUUCGUUCGAAUCACGAACAGCUUGCGAGCCAUUGGUGGUACGACAAACACGAAAAAAGCUCUUGAGGUUGCCAUUGAUCUGAUGGCGCAGAGAAACAAGACCAUACCAACACUUGUUAUGGUUGUCACCGAUGGACGAUCAGCAGAUGAUCCAAAGGUUCCUGCACAACGUCUUCAGAAGGAGCCACAGACAUGGAUGUUCGCCGCUGCUACUGGUGAUCCAGAAAGUGUUGACAAACAGGAGCUUUUGGACAUCGCCGGAACCCCCAGCCAUGUUGUCCUUCACCGCGGCCGUGAGUACGCGGCCGACGUGACACGCGCGCUUUUCCGACAAGCACAGGAGAAAUGCCGAACAACCACCACCACUACCACCACGACAACCACAACGACAACCACAACGACAACUACUACGAACCCAAUCACUGGAUGCGAAUUGGACCUAGUGCUCGUGCUGGAUUUCUCUACGACAACGGAUCCACUAGUGGAGUAUUAUAAGGAGAUGUCUCAAAGAUUAAUCAGGGCUCUUCGAAUAGGACCACAUUAUACUCAGGUAGCGGUCGUGACGUUCGCAACUGUCGGUAGGACACGGACGAAGUUCAGUUUGAAAAAGUACAAAACUCAAGAAGAAGUACUGAAGGCAAUCGGAGAGCUGCGCAGCACUGGAGGCACAACGGCGAUUGGUGAGGGUAUUCGAAUAGGCACCAAACAAGUGGAAGAGAGAGAAGGAGCUAGACCCGGCGUUGCCACUAAGGUGAUGAUUGUAUUCACUGAUGGCUGGAUUAAUAGAGGACCAAAUCCACAAGCGAUGGCCAGGGAAGCAAUCGCAGUAGGAUUCGAACUUUACACCGUGUCGUUCGUGGUUGGUUGA